UAAAUUCAAACAAAAGAAUAAAUAUAAAAAAGAACGAAAAGAAAAACUGUCUCUCUCUCUCUCUUUCGCUCCUCUUUCUCUCUCUUCCAUUUCCAUGGUGGAACAAACGGAAAACGCAGUGUCACCGGAAAAAGUAUCCAACAACACAACAAAUUCACUGUAAUUGGAGCAUAAUUAGGGUUCAUCAAUUCCUUGAAUUCAAACAAUGCCUAUCUCCAGGUACCGUAUUCGGAAUGCGCAUGGUUUAGCGGAUCCGGAGCUCAUCGGUGCCGCCGAUAAGGAUGACUCCGAAGCUCUCCUUGAAGCCGUAGCCAUGACUGGACUCGUCGGUUUCUUGCGCCAACUCGGUGACCUUGCUCAGUUUGCCGCUGAGUUGUUCCACGACCUGCAUGAAGAAGUAAUGGCUACUGCUGAAAGAGGCCACAGUCUUAUGUCUCGUGUUCAACAGCUUGAGGCUGAAAUUCCUCCAAUUGAGAAAGCAUUUUUGUCACGAACUCAUCAUUCAUCUUUUUUCACAAAUGGAGGGAUUGACUGGUGUCCUAAUCUUCGGUCUGAACAGAAUCUCAUUACUCGUGGAGAUUUACCAAGAUUUAUAAUGGAUUCAUAUGAAGAAUGUCGUGCUCCACCUAGACUUUUUCUUCUAGACAAGUUUGAUGUGGCUGGUGCUGGGGCAUGUCUGAAGCGUUAUACGGAUCCAUCAUUCUUUAAAGCAGAGCCUGCUUCCUCUGCAACAGCAACAGUAGAAGUUCACAGGGAAAGGAAAAUUCGCAAAGUCAAGCCGAAAAAAGGAGAAUGGCUGAGGGAUGGUGAAGCCCCUGGAGUUGUUCCCUCACAUUCAAAACUUCAUCAGUUGUUUCUUGAGGAGCGUAUUGAGAAUGCCUGUAGUGAUCCUGCUCGUCUUGUGAAUUUGAAAAAAAGACAAUUGGAUGGAUCUGCUGUUGAAUCAAAAUCUGGGAGAAGCUACAUGGAGAAAUUUCUGGAAAUCCCCUCACCUAAUCAUAAAAUGGUCUGUGAAACGUCAGUAAUUCAGCAGCCUGUGAAAUUGAUGUCAGGCGACACUAGUGAAACUGGGAUUAAAAAACUUGGAAUUAAUGGCAUUUCACCUAUGGGAAGGUCUAUGGAAAAUGGAAAGACACAUUCUUCAUCAAAUGAACAAGAAUUAGAAUUGAAUUCAUGCGCAGAAAUGGACAGGAGGACAAAUAGAUAUCUUGUGAAGGAGCCUGAACAAAUUUUUUCUGGAAGGACUGGGACAGAUGAAAUGUAUUCUAAGCAUCUCAAGGUACCUGAUGAAACCGAACCGGGGGAUGACGAUGAACAAAAUAAAAGAGAAUGCAGCCCAGACGGCUACCAUUCUGAUGAUGCGGCUAGUGAGGUUGAUGAUUAUAUGGAUGCAUUAGCUACCAUAGACUCAGAGUUGGAAAUAGACAAUGAGUGUAGACCUAAGGAAAGCUUCUUGAAUGUUCAAAAGGUAACUGAUUCAAAUGGUGACGAAGAACAUCAACUGCAAGCUCAAUUUUCAGAUUCUCAAUCAUUUGGAGAUUCGUCAUUAUCUGAAGAAAUGAGUUUAUUUGAACAAGAUAGAAGUGAAGAGCAUAAUGAAGUGCAAGCUCGACUGCCAGGUUCUUGGUCUGGAGGAACCCCUGGUGCAUCAGAUGAUAAUAGUUCAUUCAAAGGAGAUAGAAAUCAAGAGCAUACCCAACUGCAAGUUCAGUUUUCAGAUUCUCAAUCUAUUGGAAACUCCUCACCAGAGACUGAAAAUAUGUCAUCCAACCAACUUCCGCAAAUUGUUGAAUUGCAAAAAACUGGUGGUGAAUUUGUCACAAAUGAUGAUACACAUGAUCAGGGGCGAGCAAUAUCUGAUUCUAGACCAGUCUCUUCUGGUUCAUGUCUGGAUUCAGAAUGUUUAUUGUCGUAUUCAGAUCAUGGACCUACAGCUACCUCACUAGCGUCCCUACCUACAAGGACUCAAUCAGAUGAAACACUGCAUGUUCCUGUUGAAUGUCAUUUAAGAUUGCAAGAUGACAAAGAGGCUCUCUCCCCAAUAAAAGAUAAUACUUGCCCAGUUGUUUAUUUUGACAACAAUUCUUCGAACAACUUGGAUGUUUCUGAUCAUCAUGUCCAUUCCAAUACUCUGUUACAAGUAUCCGAUGAAUUGAAUUUAGCUCAUGAAGGCAAAUGUGGUGAUCUUUCUCACAUCGAAACAUUGCAGGCAGAUUCUCUAAAUGAGUACUGUUCUGAAAUAUCGGUUGUUGGAGACAUUGGUUCACGGGGGGAGGAUCCCAUUUGUCUGCCCAUGGAAAUAGACCUGAAUUCAGGUACUAAGCUGCUGCUUGACGUCCGGGACUUAAAACCUAAUGAUGAUAUUAAAACAAUGCAACUUGACUCAGAAGGUUUUUAUCCUGUUGUGGAGUCUUCCGUGGAGAAUAGCUUUACAGAAGAACUAUGCUCUGAUUUUACACACGGAAAUCCACGAGAUGGACCAGAUUCGGCUGAAUUUGAAUUUCUGUAUCCUGAUCAGUUAUCAAGGAUAAAUCUUGGCGAUGAAAUCAAUGGAUCCACCUGCAGUUUGGGUCCAGUUGAAGAUGAUAAUUGUAUUAAACAUUCAGCUUCCCCUGAUUACAUACUGCAGGACGACAAUGUCAUGGUAAAUGGUAUGGUCCCUGUAGAAGUUCAGUCCAAAGAUCUGGAUGUAUCUGCUAUUCCUUCUCUUGAUAAUGCUGAACCUGAUGCAAGCAUUGCUAGUUGUCUAGCUUCAAAUUCUAUUUCUUCCCCAUCAAUGAAUCCUUCAAAUUUGCACGAAUCUUUCCUAGGUUCUUCAGAUUCCCAUACAAUGGAAAUGGAAUCCAAUGAGGUAGAGUUGACAAAAAAUUCCACAGACUUGAAUGCAGAGAAGAAGGAAAGUCAACCGGAACCAUUUUCAUAUAUCACAUCUCCAGUGAGUAGUCUUACUAAGUUGGAAGAAUCUCCAUCUACUUUUGAAGAUCCUCAUGAAAAAAAUAUGGAAGUCAAUGAGGAAGUUGCAAGAGAUUCUUUGACAGAGUUAAAAUCACAUAUAGAAAUGGGUCAACUGGAAAUUGCUUCAAUUGAUGAACGGUUGAACCUGAACGGAUCAGUUACUUCUGACUCUAGUAUAUGUAAUAAUUAUCAACAUUCACUGCUUAAGGAGAAAAUACAAGAUGGUUCUUCUCCCAAUGACAUGAAAAUGGUGACCCAAUGUUCAGAGCUAGACACCCAGAGGUCAGAAUGUACAUUUGUUUUCCAGAUUGAUCUACAGAACAGCAAAGAUAGGUUUUUACCACCUUCCUAUAAUCAACCACAGCCAGAGAGCCACAUUGAGUUUGCGUCUGAAGUCCAUCCAGGGGAGCGUUCACAUGGUUCCUUAUCAAUGUCAUCUGAUCAAAAGAUUAGCCCAACAAAACAUGUCAUGGAUUCAUCGAAACCUCUACUUCCUGAUCUUUUUCCCAAGGCAGCCAAAAUCAAUCUUGAGGAAACGCCACCUAUGCCGCCUCUACCACCAAUGCAAUGGAUAAUGAACAAGGUUCAAAAUGCUUCCCCAGAUUCACAGAGAGAAGAAAUAUGUGCGAGUCCGGUAUCAUUCCAACCAAUACAGCCUGUUACACCUGAUUAUAAGAGUCAAUUUGGUUUAUCAACUUCUGAAAGAGUAACCUUUCCGUAUCAGAAUCCUUUUUUGCCUGUUGUGGCUGUGGAUAGUAAUGAAAGCCUACAGCUUCCCGGGAUAUCAGCAGGUAUUUCAGAGCAUCCUGUUGCUAUUCCUUUGCAAUAUCCUGUGAUGGUAAAUGGAGCAAAUGGUCAACAUAAUUACCUAGUUCAGGAGAGAAGCCAAAUCUACAACCCUUUCUUAACAUUACCCUUGCUAUCUUAUGGUGGACUUCCCCAUGGAUGUGUCAUUGCUUCAGAGGGAGAAAGCAUAUUGAAAUCAAGUCCAUGCCCACCAAUACUACCUGCUGAACGUGCUUUUAAUGGAGAUAAUCCCAUCUAUCAACAAGAAAGACUUUAUCAAUUCACAAGUCAGUUAAUGGAAGAUACUAGAUUAGAAGCUAAAAAGGAUAGUAAUGGAGAGAGCGUAUUGAGUUCAAGUCUAUGGCCACCAAUACUGCCCGCUGAAUGUGCUGUUUAUGGAACUAAUCCCAUUUUUCAACAAGAAAAAUCUUCUCAGUUUACAAGUCAGUUAAUGGAAGAUACAAGUUUAGAAGCUAAAAAGGAUGGUGGUAAUCGAGAAAGCAUAUUGAAUUCAAGUCCAUUCCCACCAAUACUGCCCUCUGAAUGCGCUGUUCCUGGGUCUUAUCCCAUCUUUCAACAAGACAAACUGACUAACUCUGCUAGCCAAAUAAUGGAAGAUGCAAUUGAAGCUAAAAAGAAUAGUCCUGGAGAAUUGCAUUCGGUGCUAUCUGGUGAAUGUCAUGUAUCUGGAGAAGAUCCUAUUUCUCCAGAAGAGCAACAUUCUCAUUCUCCAAAUCAAUUCAUGGAAGAGACUGUUUUAGAAUUUACAACGCAUGAGGAGUCAUCUAUUGAUUUGGAAAGGGAUCAAGGAGAUCAUUUAAUCUCACCCGAGUCACCACCAAGUACAGAAGUUAUGCAUCCCAAUCACAGCCUGCUGCCUCCAGAGGGGAAUCGGGCACUCUCAUUGGAUACAUCUUCCCAAUCAUCAGAGUUUGAUAGUCAAAUACCAAAUGGAAAACCAAAGAAGAAACUUCUUCCUCCUCCUCCUCCCCAGAACCAUUUAUUUGAUGUUGCUGCUGCUCUUGACAAAAGCAGACUGAGGAAGGUUACUGAUCGUGUUAGGCCCCAGAUAGCACCAAAGGUAGAUGAUAGAGACUCAUUGUUAGAACAGAUUAGAACGAAGUCCUUCAACUUGAGGACUGCUGUGGUUACACGGCCCAACAUUCAGGGUCCGAAAACAAACUUGAGGGUUGCUGCCAUCUUGGAAAAAGCAAAUUCUAUUCGCCAGGCAUUGGCUGGAAGUGAUGAAGACGAUGAUGCAGACAGUUGGAGUGAUUCUUGAAUUAACUAUACAUAAUGAGAAACACUAAUCUCGGUGCCAGUACAUGUUUUUUCUAUUGUGAGUCUUGCUCGAAAUCAGGUGUAAAAAGUCUUUCUUCUCUAUAAUGAAUAGGAAAUUUACUUUAAUACACAAGAUUCAUUAUCCUAUUGUGUGUCCAUCUAUGAUGCCCUGGACAACUUAUGUUCCCUCCUGAGUCCACUCAAUUCGCAUACAGUUUCAUAAUACAUGUGAACAAAGCACCCUGUGUUGCAUCGAUCCAGAGCAUUUUACAGAGGUGAAACUUGCAUAAAUAAAAUUCAGGCUCAGCGUGUAAGCACUGUAUCCAUCCAGAUCAACCAACCUAUCAGAUUUUUUUUUCUGCAUAUAAGUAUGUGUAUAUUUGUGUUGUGGUUGUCAUAAUUUUUUGAUUCAUUGUCAUUUGUCAUGAGUAAAUCUGUAAUUCUAUAAUAUAGUGGAUUACUAAUAAUUGGCUUGAAAUACCAUGUAGUUCAUCUGUUUGUGUCCCAUACGUAGUAUAUAUACAGGCGAGCAAAAUAUUUUGGAUGUACAGUUUCUAUUCUGUCAUUGCCUUUUAGUCUACUGAUAUGAUUUUCAGUAGUAUUUUUCUCCUAGCUGCUUGUGCACUAGUUACUCCUACAACUUUCUCUUGAUCAUGGCUUUAUCCAAAUAGAUAUUUAGAUGGAUUUGGUACUUAAAGUGAGAUAUUCAAUUUAAAGGAGAAAAAAAAAAACUUAUACGUUUGGAUAGU